ACAUCACUCGUAGUUCAGUUACGAGACAGAUCACACUCGUUGGCUUUCUAACGACAAUCGCGAUCUUUCUAACUUUUUAGCAGAGAUGUAGCCUAUUCGCGUCCUGGCCGACUCGUGCGGUAAUUUUUACCUUUAGAUGUAAACGUCUCCAUUAUUAUAUUGUUUGUUUUCUUUAUAUAAGUCUUAUAAUAACACGUUAUUCAUAUAUGUAGUUUAGCUAUUGUUGUUUUUGUGGUACACUCAAAUUUACGCUCAAAGUCAGUAUAGUAAGAUCGAAAAAGAUGGCGCACAUGAUGAGAAGCAAUCUGGUGAUCGCCAUGGGCGAGGAGGAUGUUCCAAAAGAUGAAGGUAAGUGGAGAUGAAGGAAAUGAAAAUGCGCGCGCUCGAUCGUGUCGACGGCGCGAGUCCCAAGGCGACCCGCGGGUUGUCGAGUCGGCCGGCUACCACGUCUCGCAGAUAGGCAUGUCUCUCGACGAGGGCAGACAGUCGCAGCGGCCGUACCGGUACGGCAUGGUGCUGCUAUGCGCCGGAGCGCUGAUUAACUGGCUAGGACUGGCAGAGGAUUACGCCGAGCCGGUGCGCUACGUCGGCGUGGCUUGCAUCGUGGCCGGCGCGCUGCUCAUCUGCGCCGCCAUGUGCUGCUGGCUGCAGUCGCCCGCGAGGCAGCCGCACAACGAGCGCUCCUCGCCUGACACACAUCAGAUCGACGACCCUAUCCACGUGAUAUCGAUGCCGGACGAGGAGACGAUGCAGCAGAAGCCGCCGGACUACGACACGGUGGCAGGCGCGCCGCCGACGUACGACGACGCCAUCAAGCUGAACCCCGCGCGCCUGCUGCCCGCCACCAGCAGUGCGCACGUGCACACGCCGCUGCCGCCCGUGGACGCGCCCUCCGUCAUCCCCGGCCAGCCCGACGAGCUCGCCCCCGUGCACCGCACGCAGAUCCCCAAAACCCCCCCUCCCCCCUACAGACCGACCCACGCCAUCAGAUGAACCGCGCCCAUGUGCUACUGUUACUUUUAAUCGACUGCUGUUUCAUGUGAUGGAACUUUAGGCUUAGGACUCGACUCGAGUCGAUUUUAAAGCCCCGGCAAUGUUACGGUAUUAUUUAAUGUACGUACAUAUCCGCGCAUGAAAUAAUCGUUUGUUAGAUUGUCGAGCUUAGCGAUGCGUACUUAUGUGAUAUUAAGAAUGUAAUUAUUAAAUACUUAAUGUUAUAAUUACUGUACAUAAUAUUUUUUGUAAAGAAGUUUUUGUUGAAAGUAUCUUAGGAUAAGUUAUGAACCUCUUCCAAUUGUUAUUACUAUGAUAUUUUCUUUGCAACUUAAUGAAGUUGAGUUAAAAUUGUAUAAAAUCAAUAGUCAUGAGAUAAUGUGGGUGUAGGAGUGUCUCAGUUGAGCUGGGACAGGACAAGCAGCAGGCUGCCCGGGUGUGAAGCCCCAAGUAGAUGAACUGACGCAGUGUUCGAUAGCACACGAGGAAGACGAAGGCAAAAGUGAAUACCGACUUACUAGCUUAGCUUUCAAGAUAUCUCUUCGGAACAGAAGUUCUAAUUGGACACUUGUCUUUUUUCUUAGCCUACCUAUUUUUCCAACGCUAACCUAGCCAAAGCUAUAGCUUUUGUUAUUUUUCCUUUCGACUGUAUUUCGUAUUUCUAAAUAGCGAUACUGCCUAGUUGAUAUGAAGAAUAUAAAGUCCGGUUGCAACUAUGUUUGAAGUGAGUAUAGUUGGAAUGAAUUAGUGAUAUUAAAUAAUAUUUCAAUGUCCAUCUUCUCGAUCUAGUCCUUUAAAUUAGCAGAACUGUGUUUUUGACACGAGUUGAAGUUUAAUGUGUUUUUGUAAUUUGUACACAUUUUGAUUGCACAACUUGAAGGACCAUUAUAUUCUAUUCUGCAUAGCAAAAAGGAUUUGGUCUAGAUGUAAUAAAGUUUAUAUGAAAUGUAUUUACUAGUAGGUAGCUGUUCCUAUACUUAAUACAGAAUAGAGGUUAUCAGGCAGUUUAAAAAUAGGUAUUCACUGCAAUCAUUGGCACCCACACCGUGGGUUUUCAGUUGGACUUGCGCCAUCUACUUGUAACUGACAUGUUUAACUGCAGUUGAUUUGGAGUUAUCAACAAAUACCUAGAAACUAACUGGAAUUUGACACUGCCUUCUGGCCUAGGUACCUACUUAGUCAAUCAAUAACUUAUUCAAGAUAAUGAGUAGGUAAUGGUUAGGUUAACCAGUUGUCUUUGAAAUGACGAUUGUAUAUAUCAUGAAUUAAAAAUGGGACCAAUAUCUAACGUUUAUGUGCGCUUAUGUUAACCUACCUUGAAAUUGUAUUCAUUAUUGCGUGUGCCUGCGAGUCGUUGAUGUUUUACGAUACUGAAGUUGUGCAUUUAUUAUUUGUACAUUGUACAAAGUUUGUGAAGUUGAGUGUACAUACAAAAUAAAUGUCGUUACUUUAA